AGGUAUGGACAGACCGUUGACUGGGAAUAAUGAACUGUCCACACACUCCCCUAACCAGUGUUAUAGACACCACUAUAAUCUUUAUAUGAAUGUAUUUGAGAUCAUUAGUGUAUUUUUGCCCAAUGUGAGAGAACAACGGAUGUCAACAGAGCCACACGUAUGUAUAACAAAGGGACUGGUGAGAGACCCUCCCCUCCCAGUUGGCGCAAUGAACCGCACUCUCUCUGCUCUCCUCCGUUCCCAUGAUGCACCGCGUCUGCCUGUCUCUGCUCCCCUCCGAGCCGCCAUGUUGUCGGAGUGAAAGCCUGGAAAUCUGGAUAGAGAACCGGGGCUGAAAUCUUCAACCAUCCGCCCUCUCCGCCUGCCGUGGUGGAAUGAGCAGCGUGUGUGUGUUGAAGGGUAAAGCAGUGCUCUGGCAGGCCUCGUUCAGCCCCCACCUCAGAACUUCAACUCCCAGCAUGCCGGUGGUGCUGAGCAGCGGAGGACACGCCCCCCCGGCCGGACAGACCCCACAUGCCCCGCCACCAAGCCAGCAGGGCGUGAUGGGUACAGGGCGCUCUCAGGAUGAUGCCAUGGUGAACUACUGCUUCCAGCGGCAGCACGGAGAGCAGCCUGGCAAACACCGCUGGCCCACUGGGGAGAACAUCCACGACAGCCAGGGGCGGUCGAUGGAUGAGCUGAACCAUGACUUCCAUGCUCUGGCUCUAGAGGGGCGUGCCAUGGGAGAGCAGCUUUUGACAGGUAAGAAGUUUUGGGAGAGUGACGAAGCUGGAAAAGAUGGCCCAAAAGGGAUCUUCCUGGACCAGUGGAGGGGCGGCGCAUGGGGGGCCACAGACCACUUGGUGUCUCAGCCAAUCAUGGUGUCUCAUCGGCCGGGUGGGGGUUUCCAUGGCGGCGGGGAGGUGGGCGGGUCAGUGAUGUCACCGCGGUCAGAGAGCGGGGGCUUAGGAGUCAGUAUGGUAGAAUACGUCCUCUCCUCUUCUCCCGCCGAGAAACUGGACUCCUGCCUCCGUAAGGGACCUUUCGGUCCGAGGGAUGGAGAGGUGGGGGAGGAGAUUAGGGAGAAACCAAAGGCCUCAUUUGAAGGAGAGAAACUCAAGGAGAUGGGAGAGGGUGACAUCAUCAGUGAUGUCAUCAACCCCAACGGGCUCCCUGUGCAGAACGGCCUGGACGUGGAUGGCAAGGAGUACAGUCGUCAAGGCCAGAUACUGCCCGCGGGUCCAGACACUGACCUAAUAGGGGGUGUAGGAGGGGAGUGUAUGGUCUCCAUGGGAGGUAGUGGUGGUCCCAAACCCCAAGAGGUCUUCUCUGGGGUGGAACAGGGUGUUACCAUGGAUACCAUGCAGUCUGUGAUGGAGCCGUUGCAGUUUGGCUACAACUCCCAGAUGACCAUGGACUCUCAGCCCACCAUGGGCCUCUUCGACUACAGCAACCAACAACAGGUGUUCCAGAGACCCAGUGCUCUAGCAGCCCAACAGCAGCAGUAUGCCUUGGCAGCAGCACAGCAAUCUCACAUUGGUUUGGCUCAAGCGUUUGUUUCCAACCCUUACAUCAUCAGUACCGGUCCGUCUGGAACCGACCCCUACGCUGCUGGACUGGCAGCUGCUGCAACACUGGGCCCAACGGUGAUGCCUCCUCAGUACUACGGGGUGACUCCCUGGGGAGUGUAUCCAGCCAAUCUGUUCCAGCAACAGGCUGCGGCCGCCAACAACUCAGCCAAUCAACAGGCUCAAGGACAGAACCAGCACAACCAACAACAGGUGAUGCGUGGGGGCGGUAACCAGCGACCCCUGACCCCUAGCCAAGGUCAACAGGGUCAGCAGAACGACCAGCUGAUCUCCGCCGCAGCAGUCAACUCAGCUCUUGCCUUCGGACAGGGGCUGGCUGCCGGCGUGCCUGGCUAUCCCAUGCUGGCUCCAGCUGCUUACUAUGACCAGACGGGGGCGCUAGUGGUCAACACAGGAUCUAGGGGCGGACCCGUACGCCUCAUGGCCCCCGCAGGCUCAGUUAUUAUCUCUCCCUCUGCUGCACAUGCAGUGGCAGCAGCAGCUGCAGGUGGCGGGGCUAACGGUGGUAUGGGAGGCGGGGCCAAUGGUCCGUUCCGAGCCAUGCAAUCACAGCAGCCUCAGCAGCAGGGGGGAGGGGCUAUGUCAGGAAACUCCUUUUAUGGAUCCUCUCUUAGCAACUCAUCCCAGAGCUCCUCCCUCUUCUCUCAAGGUAGCCAAUUGACGUACUGCUCCGCCCAGCCGGGCCCCGGCUCUGCCUCUCUGGGGUUUGGUCAGAGCAACUCUUCACUCGGAGCGACGUUGGGCGGCUUUGGCACUGCAGUGGCUAACUCCAGUGGUGGGAGUGGUUCUCGUCGUGACUCUCUGACUGGCACUAGUGACUUGUACAAACGCACGCAGUCCAGCCUCACUCCCAUUGGCCACGGGGGGUUCUACAACGGAACCCUGGGCUUUAGCUCCUCCCCCGGGCCGGUCGGAAUGCCUCUGCCCAACCAAGGCCCCUCCCACUCCCUAACUCCACCCCCCUCUCUGUCCAAUCACAGCUCCUCAUCCAACCUCAACCUGGGAGGUCUGACCAAUGGCAGCGGUCGUUUCAUAUCUGCUGCUCCGGGGGCGGAGGCGAAGUAUCGCAGCGCCAGUUCUGGCUCCUCCCUCUUCUCUCCCAGCAGCCAGCUCUUCCCGUCGUCACGGCUACGUUACGGAAUGUCGGACGUGAUGCCGUCAGGGCGGAGCCGGCUUCUAGAAGACUUCCGGAACAACCGCUACCCCAACCUGCAGCUGAGAGAGAUUGCUGGGCACAUCAUGGAGUUCAGUCAGGACCAACACGGCAGCAGGUUCAUCCAGUUGAAGUUGGAGAGGGCCAGCUCAGCGGAGCGUCAACUGGUGUUCAGUGAGAUCCUCCAGGCUGCCUACCAACUCAUGGUCGAUGUCUUUGGAAACUACGUCAUCCAGAAGUUCUUUGAGUUUGGCAGUGUGGACCAGAAGCUGGCUGUAGCUGAGAGGAUCAGGGGUCAUGUCCUGUCUCUGGCCCUUCAGAUGUAUGGCUGUAGAGUCAUACAGAAGGCGCUGGAGUUCAUCCCCUCAGACCAACAAGUUAUAAGUGAGAUGGUACGGGAGUUGGACGGUCAUGUGUUGAAGUGUGUGAAGGAUCAGAACGGCAACCACGUGGUGCAGAAGUGUAUCGAGUGUGUUCAGCCCCACGCGUUACAUUUCAUCAUCGACGCCUUCAAGGGACAGGUGUUUGCCCUCUCCACACACCCCUACGGCUGUAGAGUGAUCCAGCGUAUCCUAGAACACUGUCUUCCAGACCAGACCCUGUCCAUUCUGGAGGAGCUGCACCAACACACGGAACAACUGGUGCAGGACCAGUAUGGUAACUAUGUGAUCCAGCAUGUGCUAGAACACGGCAGAGCGGAGGACAAGAGUAAGAUCGUAGCUGAGAUCAGAGGAAACGUACUGGGGCUCAGCCAACACAAGUUUGCCAGUAAUGUGGUGGAGAAGUGUGUGAGCCAUGCGUCACGCACAGAGCGGGCCGUGUUGAUAGACGAGGUGUGUAGCCUGACGGAGGGGCCCCACAGUGCCUUGUACACCAUGAUGAAGGACCAGUAUGCCAAUUACGUGGUGCAGAAAAUGAUUGACGUGGCCGAACCCACACAGAGAAAGAUCAUCAUGCACAAGAUCCGGCCCCACGUCUCCACUCUGAGGAAGUAUACAUAUGGAAAACACAUCCUGGCCAAGCUGGAGAAAUACUACAUGAAGAAUGGAGUGGACCUGGGCCCUCUCUGUGGCCCUCCCAACGGCAUCAUGUAAACCUUCUACCCCUUUUCCACACCUUAACACUUGAGGACAAGACGGGCCAACGGGAACGCGGGACGUGCUCAAUACAUCACCUGCUGGGUUGGUGGAGGAACGGUGGUGAUUCAACAUGUCGGACCCUCUGUGUACAGCUGACGUUGUAUUGGAAUGUCACGUCUUUUAUACCAUAACCCCUAUAUACCCUACAUGAAAAAUGACAUGUUAACUACUACCCACACACAACCUAUUAUUUCCUACCACCCGAUGGUCUAAACCCUAUACCCGCCCCCCCCUCUUUUCCCCCCUA